CAGAGCUCAGCCCCACUACACCAGAGCUCAGCUCCGCUACACCGCCUCUAUAAUGCACCCUGCUAUCACAUGGCAUAUAAUCAGUCACGUGAUUCAUCUACUUGGAGACGCCGGAGUUCUUGCCUGUUUACCUUGACAACCAACCAUGGCGGAGACGGACGCGGAGAGUGUGAGGACCGAGUCCCAGGCUGGGGAGGAGCUGUACCUGUCCGAGCUGAGCCCCGAGCAACUGCGGGCGCUGAUCCGGGACACGCGACACGCUCUCUCCGCACUCACAGCUGAGACUGAGAUGUUUGAAAAAUUCUAUAAGCGACUGGAUCCCAAGGAGCUGACCCCGGCCGCCCCCCCUGACACCUCAGCUUCUCCGUUGGACUUUAGCCAGAUGCGCAGUCGGCGGCGCUCUAAGUCACGCAGCACGAUUUCUGAGCGGCUGCUGAGCCUGAGUGUGGACCAGAAGUGUGAACUGGUGCAGCGGGAGCUGGAGGAGUCCCAAGAGGAGGCGCAGAGGAACGCUGACAACACCGAGCGCAUCCUGCAGGGCCACAAGGCCACUAUGGAGGAGGCCGAGAUCCGCAGCUCCGAAAUGAAAAAGGCCAAGUAUGAAUUUGAGCGUGACGUCGGCCGAGCCGCUGUGAGCAACAAGAAGGGGGAAGGCGUGAACCCCGAAAAACCUCUCCGCUACAUGGAAGAAAAGAUGCUGGCAAGAGACAGUCUGGUGGAUAAACUCCGUUUAAAGAACGCGGCAUUAAAAGUUCAGAAGAAGAAGUUCCAGAUGCAGCUCAAGCAGAAGGAGGAGAUGGGGGAGGUGCUGAACGAGGUGGAUUUCCAGCAGCUGAAAAUUGAAAACACCCAAUUUCUGGAGCGAAUUGAUGAACGGAACCAGGACCUGCUGCAGCUAAAACUGACCACGGGCGACACCCUGCAAGUGCUGAACUCCUACAAGAAAAGGCUACAGAACAAUAUGGCGGAGUCCACUCAUUUGGCCGCAGAGAUUUCGAUGCGCAAUGACAUUCUGCAGAGAAUUGAGGUGGAGACUGAACAGGUGGAGCAGGAACGAGCAAAGGCUGAAAGUCUGAACAAGAAGCUGAGGAAGCAGCUGAGCGACUAUCGGGUCCCAGGCGUUCUGCAGUACGUGCAGGAAAAGAUGGAGCAGGAAGAGCUGGAGAAGAAUGUGCGAGCGUGGGAGAGGAAGGUGGAGAUUGCUGAGCUUUCCCUGAGGACACAGCGCAGAAGUUGGGAGCAGAUAAAGGUGGCCAGCCUGACAUCAGAAUAUGGGCAGCUACAGGGCAAUGACAUCCCGGAUCUUUAGAUGAUUGUCAGCUUCUCCAGCCACGUGGCUCAGCUCCUUGUUGUGUAUUUUUUUGUAGUUUCUUCUGUUUUCCAUGUAAUAUAACAUGGAGGUAAAAUAAUAAA